UGAUCAGUGUCCACUAAGCAUGCACCAAACCAUAAACUAAAACAAGCAAAAAGUAAAAGAAACCUUUUGCAUUUGGCAACUUGACAUUAACAGAUACGUAUUCAUCUCUCUAAACUCAUUUCACAUACUUCCAAAUCUUUUAGCCUAAAAUAAGUUUGUAAUGGGCGAUAUGGCUUAUUUUGUAUUGAUAAUGCAUGCGCUUAAAUUUUUAUGCCCAAACAUCCUUUACCCACUGCCACCCAACUCUUAAUGUUCAUGCACAAAUGAAACUAAUUAAUCUUAUUCCACCAUCCUUGAUCUUCUAAAGUUGUCACCAACAAUAUUAUAUAUAUAUCAAUAACAAUUUUCCUAUUCUUUUCGAUAAUUUUGUCAAUCCUUAGUGCAGUUUAUCGGCCGCCAUGCAUCACCCACAACUAAAAUUAAUUAAAGUUAAUGCCCUGUUUCUCAGGCUAUAAAUUAAGGCCUUCAUCAGAUUAGGAAUCAUACUUGGUUUCUGUAAAUUAAAGUCGUGUGAUUGUAGUAAUAGGAGCCAUGGAAAUCUCGAGCUGCAGAUUAAAGGGGCGUUUUUCUUUGCUUAUGAUCAUGAUCAUUUUUUUCAUGAUGUGUGGUUCCACAAGGUCGCAAUUAACUGUGGAUUUCUAUAAGACUUCAUGUCCAAAUGUUCUCAAAAUCGUGAGGAGAGAAGUCAUGAUUGCUAUUAAGAACGAGAUGCGAAUGGCUGCUUCCCUUCUUCGCCUUCACUUCCACGACUGCUUUGUUAAUGGUUGUGACGGAUCCGUGCUGUUGGAUGGAAGCGAUGGGGAGAAAUUUGCACUUCCCAACAUCAAUUCUCUUAGAGGGCUUGAAGUUGUGGAUAGAAUCAAAGCCGCAUUGGAGAAUUCAUGCCCCGGAGUUGUAUCAUGUGCAGAUUUAUUAACCAUAGCUGCCAGAGAUUCUGUCCUCUUGAGUGGAGGACCGUCAUGGAAGGUGUUAUUGGGGAGACGAGAUGGAUUGGUAGCGAACAAAACAGGAGCCGAUCAGGGACUUCCCUCUCCAUUUGAAAGCCUGGAUGAUAUAAUCAACAAGUUCGUUGCUGUUGGCCUUAACAUCACUGACGUCGUCGCUUUAUCUGGAGCUCAUACAAUUGGACUUGCAAGAUGUGCGUUGUUCAACAAUAGGCUGUUCAACUUCUCAGGAACUGGUUCUCCAGACCCAACCAUGGAGUCCUCAAUGGUAUCUGAUCUUCAAGCUUUGUGUCCUCUCACCGACGACGGCAACAAGACCACCGUUCUCGACAGAAACUCCACCGAUUUAUUCGACAAUCAUUACUACAAAAACUUGCUAAAUCAAAAGGGCCUCUUGGGCUCCGACCAAAUUCUUUUCUCAGGCGAUGAAGCUCAAACCACCGCCACAAAAGACUUGGUCCAAGCUUAUAGCUCUAACACCACGCAUUUCUUCGCGGAUUUUGUCAAAGCCAUGAUCAAGAUGGGGAACAUAAGCCCAAUCACUGGCUCCGCUGGUCAGAUCCGAAACAACUGCAGAAUCCUUAAUUCCUCCUAAUCACAAUUAAUUCUCUACAUUAUUGUAUCUUGCAAAUCAAUAUAUUACCGAAUUAAUCACCCACACCUACAACAAAGAUUAAUCCCUUUAAUUUUACCUACUGCGCUGGUUAAGAACAAUAUAUAUUUGUAUUAAAAAUAUAUAUAGUCUUGGUCUAAUUUACUCUUCCAAAUUGUAACGCUCUAUAAUUUCAUU